UUUCUAUGUCGAUAUUCCAGGAAAGACAUCAAAUGGCUCAGUCGCUGAUGCAAAGAUCCAAUUUAAAGCAGGAAAGGUUUGUUUUGCAUAAAUUCAUGCAUACAUGCUUCUCUCCAUAAGCUGCUGGAAAAAAGGCUUUUGUUCGCGAGCCGCUGCUUUGUCUACAGACGUGUCCACCUAUUGUUGCAGGUACACAAAAGGAAACUCUGCCUAUAAAUUGUCAGCUUACCGAUCAGAGUGCCAUGCGCCGUGUUUUCAGUAAAUCACACCGUAAUGUCCCGGUCUGUCUUGUCAGCCUUAAGAAAAUGUUCACGCUUCUGACUUCCAUGUGGGGGAAUUCUGAUCCGAAAGUCUUCUUUGGAAUUCAGUCAAAGUGGAAAUGGAACAAAAUGCCCCUCAGCACUCCAUAGGGCCUCUAUACCAUGUUGCUGAGUCAGUGGUAAUCGACACAAUGGCCGCUGCAGAGUCUUUGGGUUUGGUCAGGUAUAAAAGACACGGUGGCGUCGUCACCAAAGCAGCGUCGCAGUUCUCUGAGGAACCAACACAGCUAACACAACCAUGGGCAGGAUCAUCUUCUACGAGGACAGGAACUUCCAGGGUCGCUCCUACGAGUGCAUGAGCGACUGCUCCGACAUGUCCUCCUACCUGAACAGGUGCCAGUCCUGCCGGGUGGAGAGCGGCUGCUUCAUGGUGUACGAGCGCCCCAACUUCAUGGGGAACCAGUACUUCAUGAGGAGGGGAGAGUACUCGGACUCCAUGAGCAUGAUGGGCAUGCGGGACUGCAUCAGGUCCUGCCGUUCCAUCCCCAUGCACAGAGGCCAGUUCCGGCUCAAGAUCUUCGAGAGGGAGAACUUCAGCGGCACCAUGCACGAGCUGCACGAGGACUGCGACAACAUCAUGGACCGCUUCCGCAUGAACGACUGCAUGUCCUGCCAGGUGAUGGACGGCCACUGGCUGCUGUUUGAGCAGCCCCACUUCCGCGGCAGGAUGAUGUACGUGAGGCCCGGCGAGUACCGCAGCUUCAGGGAGAUGGGCAUGAGCAACAUGAGGUUCAUGAGCAUGAGACGCAUCAUGGACAUUUGAAAAGUGUUCUGUGGAAUAUGUUUCACUGACAAAACAUGAAUAAAACUUUUUCUUAA